AUGGCCCGACUUCCGGAUCUCAUUCGAGAUUCUAAGCUAGAGACAUAUUUUCUCCCGGACUGUAGCGUAGAGACAGUCCACAAGUUCCAGGAGUCAGACCCGACUUCUGGACAGCGCCUCGUGACAAGAUUGGAGCAUUGGCAGCGGCAACAGAGAGUCGGACGUGGUGGGUUUGGUAGUAUCUGGCUAGAGAAACUCACCAAAGGUGGGCGGCCAGGGGGCAAAGCUCAGUAUGGUGCACUCCGAGCAGUCAAGCAGAUUGACAUAGAUACGCGUCUCAGGCCCAUCGACUAUGAUCGUGAAUUGGAGGCAAUUGCUAAGUUCUCACAUUAUCGCUAUGAAAGAUGCUUUGUCAAGUCAUUCGGAUGGUACGAAGGACCAGGCCAGCUCUUCAUAGCAAUGGAAUACCUUGAGUUCGGCGACCUUUUCGCUUAUCUACAUCAAAAACCUCCAGUACCAGAAGAAGAAGCGAAGGAAAUUGCAUAUCAGAUUCUCGAUGGUCUGAAUAUGAUGCAUGAGAAUGGGUUUGCUCACCGAGACUUAAAACCAAACAAUAUCCUUAUCAAAUCACACCCUCCUGGAGACAAAUGGUGGAUUAAACUGGCAGACUUUGGUAUCACCAAACGCAUCGAAGAAAGCCAUGGGCAAUCGACAACACUGAAAGGCACCCCGAGAUAUUUUGCCCCUGAAAUUUGGGGGCUCGCUGAGCGAGGCAGUGCAUAUGCCACUGAUAUUUGGGCUCUUGGAGAGAUCGUAUUCGAGAUACUCACCAAAAAACCUGCCUUUGCGACUCUCGGAUCGCUUGCAGGUUACAAAUCUCAGCAGGAAUUCCCAGUCACCGUGCUUACCGAUGCUGGUCUCAGUCAACCAGGCAUUGACUUUGUGGUUUCACUUAUGUGUCUUAAUCCUAAUGAUAGAAUGACGGCUAGCUCUGCUAUGUCAAGCGUGUGGAUACAAUCGCUAAUACUCCAACCCUCCGAGCCCGCGAAAGCGAUUGAAGACAAGCCAAGGAUCCCAUCUCCAGUUACAAUCAUGACUGAAGAGUUUGCGUCAUGGACUACAGUGCUUUCUUCAGAAGCGCCAGAGGGUGCCUUUCAUAGCAUGUCUAGUGCAAAUACUGCAGUGGAGGUGGUCAAUGCUCCCCCAGGGAAGACUAUCGGGACACAGAAAGAAAAGAUAUAUUCUUCUCAAGAGACUGCAGUGCCGGAAGUUAUGAAAGGUCAAGGUCAAAUCGAGACACUUGAGCUCCGCCCUACAGAGCCUAAAAGCCAGCACCGAACUGCUGACUGGCUCCGUCGCCAGGGACGGCACAAAGAGGCCGAAAACAUGUAUCGACAAGCUCUUCAAGAGCGAGAAAAGGUGCUAGGCCAUGAUCACGAAGAAACACUUGAUUCUACACACUGGGUUGGUGUCUCACUCUAUAACCGGCGUCAGUACAAAGAGGCAGAAACCGUAUUUCGACAAGCUCUUCAAGGGCGAGAGAAGGUGCUAGGCUAUGGUCAUAAAGACACACUAUAUUCUGCCCACUGGCUUGGUUAUUCACUCUACGCCCAGGGGCAGUAUGAAGAGGCAGCAAUCAUGUACCGAAAAGCUCUUCAGGGGCGAGAGAAGGUGCUAGGCCAUGAUAAUGAAGAAACACUCAAAUCCGAACACUGGCUUGGUCUCUCGCUUCAUCGUCAAGGACAGUAUAAAGAGGCAGAGACCGUGCUACGACAAGCCCUUCAGGGGCGGGAGAAGGUGCUAGGUCACGAUCACGAAGAAGCGCUCAGAUCUGCACACUGGCUUGGUCAUUCACUCUAUAACCAGGGUCAGUACAAAGAGGCAGAAACUAUGUUCCGAAAAGCCCUCCAGGGGCGAGAGAAGGUGCUAGGUCAAGAUUAUAAAGAGACACUCUACUCUGCACACUACCUCGGUCUCUCGCUUUAUCGCCAAAAAGAGUAUAAGAAGGCAAUAACUGUGUUCCGACGAGCUCUUCAGGGGCGAGAGAAGACGCUAGGCUAUGACCAUGAAGAAACACUCGAUUCUGCAUACUGGCUUGGUCUCUCGCAAUAUUACCAGAAGCUGUACAAAGAGGCAAGAAGUACGUUCCGACGAACUCUGCGUGGGCGAGAGAAGACGCUAGGCCAUGAUCAUGCAGCAACACUGAACACUAGAAAGCACAUGGAGAAGGCCAAUAUGCAGUUAACCACCUAA